GGGAGUGGCUUGCGCACCUGCGGGGGCGUGGCCUUGCCUUGCCCCACCCCCUCAGGAGCCUCCGGGACCGGCGGCGGCGCAGCGGGAGCAGCCGGGUCUCCGCGCAGCGAGGCGGUUCAGACGGGCGGCCGUCAGGAGCAGCCAUGUCUGUGCAGGUGGCAGCCCCCGGAAGCACAGGGCUGGGCGCAGAACGCCUGAACCCCGAGGAGCUGGUGCGGCAGACACGACAGGUUGUACAGGGACUGGAGGCCCUGCGGGCCGAGCACCAUAGUCUGGCCGGGCACUUGGCGGAGGCCCUGGCUGGACCAGGCCCCGUGGAUGGUGCGGAACUGCUGGAAGAGAAACAGCAGGUGGUGAACCACUCGCUGGAGGCCAUUGAGCUGGGGCUGGGCGAGGCCCAGGUGCUGCUGGCCCUGUCCGCACAUGUGAGCGUGCUGGAGGCUGAGAAGCAGAGGCUACGGGCACAGGCACGGAGGCUAGCCCAAGAGAACACAUGGCUUCGAGAGGAGCUGGAGGAGACGCAAAGGCGACUUCGGGCCAGUGAGGAGGCUGUGGCCCAGCUGGAAGAGGAGAAGAGCCACCUCCAGUUCCUGGGGCAGCUGAGGCAGUACGACCCGCCCGAGGAGAGCCAGAGGCCCGAGUCCCCCCCUCGCCGAGACAGCCUGGCUUCUCUGUUCCCCAAUGAAGAAGAGGAAAAGAAAGGUCCUGAGGCAGCAGGAGCAGCCGCAGCACAGCAGGGUGGCUAUGAGAUCCCAGCUCGUCUGCGGACCCUGCACAACCUGGUGAUCCAGUAUGCUGGCCAGGGACGCUAUGAGGUGGCAGUUCCCCUGUGUCGCCAGGCUUUAGAGGACCUGGAGCGGAGCUCAGGCCACUGCCACCCUGACGUGGCCACCAUGCUCAACAUCCUGGCACUCGUGUACAGGGACCAGAACAAGUACAAAGAGGCCACGGAGCUUCUGCACGACGCCCUGCAGAUUCGGGAACAGACGCUGGGUCCUGAACACCCUGCAGUGGCCGCAACCCUCAACAACCUGGCUGUCCUCUAUGGAAAACGUGGACGUUACCGGGAGGCAGAGCCCCUCUGCCAACGUGCUCUGGAGAUCCGUGAGAAGGUCCUGGGUGCAGACCACCCUGAUGUGGCCAAGCAGCUCAACAACCUGGCCCUACUGUGCCAGAACCAGGGCAAGUUUCAGGACGUGGAGCGGCACUAUGCACGGGCCCUGAGCAUUUACGAGGCCCUGGGGGGGCCACAUGACCCAAAUGUGGCCAAGACCAAGAACAACCUGGCCUCAGCCUACCUGAAGCAGAACAAGUACCAGCAGGCAGAGGAGCUGUACAAGGAGAUCCUCAGCCAGGAGGCCCUGCCCGCCCCGCUCGGAGCCCCCCAGGGAGGCACAGCGGGUGAUACACAACAGCAGGUCCUUCGCAGGAGCAGUUCCUUCUCUAAGCUUCGGGAGUUCCGGGAGUCCAUCCGACGUGGAAGCGAGAAGCUGGUCUCCCGUCUCCGAGGGGAGGGCACGGCAGGGGCAGCCGGGAUGAAGAGAGCCAUGUCACUCAAUACGCUGAACGUAGAUGGUGCAAGGGCUGCCAGGAUGCAGCUCUCAACCCGGCUCUUGAGCGAGGCUCCUCGGACUCUGAGUGCCAGCACGCAGGACCUGAGCCCGCGCUAAGUGGACUGGCUGCAGUGGCCACAGAUUCUCAGGGAUCAGGAAGGGUGGGUGGUCAUCCUGCACCCUGCCUGGCAGCACUUGUACAUCGGGACCCUGUGAUCCUCCCUGAAAUUAAAGGCUGUGCACUGGUA